AUGCCGCUCGUGUGGGGUAAACUAAAGUCUGUGAACCGUACUGACAAGCCGUAUUUGAAACUAAGAGCUGUGAGGGUAUUUGAACGCACGUUUGAUGCCAAAUUCAAGAACGUCUUGGAAAUAGUCUUCCAUGAUGAGGAAGGUCAUCGUAUGGCUGGAAUGAUUCGAUCUGUCAAUAUCCCAAAAUUCAAAGAUUUUAUUAUCGAGGACGAAGUAUAUGCCAUUCGAAACUACCAAGUCGAGAGUAACAUCGGGAUGAAUUUUAACACACUCAAAGAUCCCAAUAAUGUUGAUGAAUCCACCCUUUUUGAUGUUAUUGGAAUUGUUGUGGAAAUUGGUCCCGUUGCUAUCAAAGAAAUCAAAGGUGUCCCCACUCGAAUGAUUAUUUUUCAUUUAAUGGACUUGGAGGAGAACAAGUUGAGUUGCACUCUUUGGAAUGAUUAUGUUGAUGAAUUUCUUCAACAUGAACAACAACAUGCUGGAGUUGAUGGCCGCCCUUGGAUUAUGAUAGUUAACUUUUGUAGAGCAAAACCAUUUGAUGGUCGUGUUCAAUUGACAACUUCACAUAAUAUCACUCGGCUCAUUUCAAAUGAAGUUCCGGAAAGUGAGGACUUUCGUACAAGGUGGGCAACUACAAAUGUUCGCAAUGCUUCUUUAACUUCAAGGAGUUCGAUUGUAGCACGUGAUGAAUUGGAUGAACUUGCUAGCGGUAAUUUGGUAGUCGCCUCUGUUGUUUCCCUUUAUGGGGUUGAUAAGGGAACAACUACUUGGAUAUGUGCUACUAUUAAUUCUGUUAUUGAUGAGUGGUACUACCUUGCGUGCCGCAAGUGUAGUACUAAAAUGGACGAGAGCAAAAGCCAUUAUGAGUGCUCUAAAUGCCAAGGGAAAAGGGGUGUUUUUCGGUAUAAGAUCCCUUUUGUUGUUUCCGAUGCAACUGCGGAUGCUACGUUAAUUGGUUGGGAUAGAGAUUGCGAAAAGCUACUUGGUAUCAGCUGUGAUGCACUAAGGCGUGCGAUUAUUGAUAGGAAAAAGAUUGCCUAUGAGCUGCCCGAUGAGGUGGAGGAGUUGGUGGGCAAAACAUUUCUUUUCAAAGUUCGAAUCCAAACCAAUCAACAUUUUGGCUACAAUUCGACAUUUUCAAUUGUUAGAUUGGUUGACGAUGAUAAGCUGGUCUCCAAAUAUAACCACUGGGUUGUGGAGCAUACCGACUCCGACUUUAUGACUUUGCUCUUGAGGGAACAAGAAGAGAUUGGAGAGGAUGAUGCUGAUGAAGUUACCACUCCUAUGAAAGUGGCUGUCGAAAAAGAGGCUGUAUGUGACACAUCUACAGCAAAACGCAACCUUUGGGAGGAACUAAACAAUUCAAGUGAAGUUGUUUUGGCCUUGACAGCUCAAUCUGCUUCUACUGAUAAAGGAAAGUCGAAGGUGAAUGCUUCCAUUGAUAAAGGAAAAGGCAAGGUGGACGAAUAA